AUGGCUUGUGCAAGGUCAGCUAGGUUGACAGGGACCGAGCGCUUUUCAACCCGUGCCCUGUGCACCUGGCCGCCGCGCGACUGGCCCUGGGCUGGUGGGGGGAACAGGUGUGGCGUGGUGAAGAGUCCCACGAGUGAGGGGUUCACGAGUCCCACGAGUGGGGGCGCAGAAAGGACGGUCCAGAUUCCACUGAGCGCGGGACAGACACAGCAGCGGGAGAAGCCCCGGAGUACUGCCGGGGAUUCCUUCUGGCCCCUCUCCAGCGUGGUUUCAAAAGUUAUGGGACUACAGAGGCAGCAGCCAUCCCAGAUUUGGGCCCUGCAGGCAGCGGAAGGCGCGUCUCUUCUCCGCCAUGGCAAGUUACUUUUGUUCUGGCUUUUACCAGUCAGGGUCUUUCCCGUCCCGUUAUCACGGUCCCACAGGAGCGCGCGGAGCCGGGCGGGCGGGGGUGAGAGGCUGUCGCCCGCGGCGCGCGGGGAGGCCCGGUGCUGGCGGAGAGCCACCUGCCGCGGAGGCCAACCCUCCGGCAAACCUUGCCCUGACUUUUCUGCACCUGCUCCUGUGGCAGUGUCGCGCGCGCUUGAAAUUCAUAGCAGGCUGUGCGAGACAGGCACAACUCCAAAGGGACAGAACGCCACGGUCGCCUCCCUCACCCAGUGUCUCGUAGUCAGGGACACAGCUGUCUCGUCGAGGAGUAGUUUCGCAGGCUGUGCAUCAGUUUUGAAAGGCAAGGACUCCAAAGCUUCUGAAAGAAUGGUUGAAGUUGCUGGUCAUCCGGUUGGCCUUUUUAAUGAUCAAUUACUGACCACAGUAGUGCAGACUCACUUUCAAGAUAUUAAGAAUAAAGGCGGAGUUGUUGAACAUGUGAUACAUCCAACAAGAACCAGGGGCAGGGGAGUUGCAAAUGUGACAUUCAAAGAGAAAAAAGGUGCAAAGAAUGUCAGCAGAAAACAGAAACACUGUCAGGCAGAAAAGGUUGGACCUGCUCAAUUCACAGUCUCUCAUUUUGGUGAAAAGGUCUUCAGCUCUGUAAAAGCUAUCCUCGAUCUUUCUGUUUUUCGGAAUCAAGUCAUUCUAGAAAGUCUGGUAACGGACCUGACAAGGAAAAUCCCAACUUUAUCCUUCAGUCCUCUGGAACCCAAUGGAAGAGUCUCUGUGCAAGGGUCAUUUCUGGAUAUCCUGAGGCUUAAAGAAACUUUGCUAUUAAAAGCAAGUUCUCUUUUAGAAAAAAACAGGAAUUUUAUCAGUGAGGAGAAGUGGAACAGCCAGGGCCCCAAAAGGGAUCUCCAGAGAGGCAGUAACUCCUCAGAGUCACCCGGGUCCUCAGUACCUGAGACCACUAGGAGCGGAGAAACACUUGUUCUCGAUACAGAUGUAUUCCUUUAUCUGAAAAAGAGCAGAUUUUAUGAAAGCACAUUGAAAAAAUGUCAUGUUUUCUGUCAGGAGAGAGUGGAUGGUGAAAUCACCACAAUCUGUAUAAGAAAUGCUCAACAAUGUUCUCACCCAAACAAUGCAAAGCUUGUGAAAGCACUUAUUGAGGAAUAUUCACUUGCUCUUCACUUUGAGCUUAAAAAAGAGACACUUCUUUUGAAAGGAAAGGAGACUAGAGAUAAAAGAAGGAUUAAGUCGGCCUGUGAACAAGUAAGUUUGAGGUACCCUAAGGUUCUGAUUAAUUUUUACGAGACGCACAUUGAUAUUAUAGGAUCUUCUUCUGACACAUACUUGCUUAAAAAAGAGAUCAUGAAAUUAAUAAGGCUAAAAAGUUAG